AUGUCCCUAAAGAAGGCUCGAGAACAUUUGCUCUAUGCAUUAGAUGAAAGGUUAAUUACAGACGAGGAGUUUCUACUCCUGUAUGAUGUGAAUAGGUCAACUAACUUAGAUUUUCCUUACGAGCAGUACCCACUUUUUGAUCUCGACGACAUGCAAAACGACGAGUGCUUGGCGGAGUUUCGGGUCCAUAAAAACGACCUUCCUAUUCUAGCAGAGGUUUUAGGAAUCCCUGACCAAUUUGUCUUGGAACAAAGAAGUGUUGUAGGAGGAAUGGAGGCACUAUGCAUGUUGCUGAAGAGGCUGACAUACCUGUGUCGAUACAGUGAUAUGUUGCACAGGUUCGGACAACGACCUGUAUCGGUAAUGUGCCUGGCUACAAACUGUGUUCUGGACUUCAUUUACGAAGCCUAUUGCCGAAGAAUUACCGACUGGAAUCUGGCCGCAUUGAAUCCACCUGCCCUGCAAACGUAUGCUGAUUGUAUACAUCAACAUGGAGCACCUCUAAAUAACUGUUUUGGUUUUAUCGACGGGACAGUGCGUCCGAUAGCCAGGCCAGGAACAAACCAACGAAUCCUUUAUAAUGGGCACAAGCGUGUACACAGCUUAAAAUUCCAGGCUGUAGCCAUUCCAAAUGGUCUUAUCGCCCAUUUAUAUGGUCCAGUUGGUAAGAAUCUGAUGUAUGAUCUCGUAAAAAUAAAAAACAUUUGCUAGGAUUACUGUGAAAUUUUGCCUGUGAAGUGUCCCAUAUUUGAAGUAGAUUAAUGCACAUGAAUCAUAUCGGAAAAAAACAGGUCAGAAACAGAAAAAAGUUUUACAGUUUUACACUGAAGAAGGUUUACUAUGUUUGCCAUCCAUAUACAGGAAUUAGCAUUUCCCAGUCAGAAUGCUUGACCAUACCGAAGGCACUUUCCUUUUUUACCUUUCAGAGGGAAGAAAACACGACGCUGGAAUGCUCAGAGAAUCAGGAUUGCUCCCAAUGUUGCAACACAAUGCAAUAUCCCCUACCGGCCAACCACUGUGUGUGUAUGGAGACCCUGCGUACCCUUUGAGGGUCCACUUGCAAGCGCCUUUUCGACAGGGUGUUGGGUUCACUCCCCAAAUGGCUGCUUACAAUAAAAGCAUGAGUGAAGGGUCUCCGUAG